AAAAAAAAAAAAAAAGGGUAACAUGUUUAGCAAUUACUUGCUGCAGCAUUUGCAACAGAGGAAUCCUUCCUGGUUGAGUAAGCAAGGGGUAACACUUUUGGUGCUUGAAAUUGUGAACUACCGCCUUCUUCCACUCUACAGGUACCAGGGAAAAUGCAAAACCUUGAUGUAUGAUGUUACAAAAAUAAUUUCCACAUUAAAAGGGAAACGUGGAGAUCAUCGUGUCUUUAGGUUGGCUGAGAACUUGUGUAUGAAUCUAAUUUUAUCAUUGAGAGAUUUCUUCUCAGUGAAAAGGGAUGGAAAGGGUCCCACGGAAUUUACAGAAACUUUGAACCGAAUAACAAUAAUCACUCUUGCCAUAACCAUUAAAACACGUGGAAUUGCAGAUGCUGAUCAUUUACCUUACCUUCAAGCUAUGUUGGAACAGAUAAUGGCAACUAGCAAUCAUACAUGGUCGGAGAAAACGCUACGCUAUUUCCCUUCUCUUCUUCGUGAUGCCUUGGUUGGGCACAUGGAUAAGAGGGGCAUGGCAAUUCAAGCCUGGCAACAGGCAGAAACAACAGUGAUUAACCAAUGCACUCAACUUCUCUCACCAUCUUCUGAUCCUAAUUAUGUUAUGACCUAUAUAAGUCAUAGUUUUCCUCAACACCGGCACUAUCUAUGUGCUGGGGCAUGGAUACUGAUGAUGCAGGGCCACCCUGAAAGCAUUAACAGCACAAACCUGGCACGAGUUUUGAGAGAAUUUUCCCCAGAAGAAGUAACUGCUAAUAUAUACACAAUGGUGGAUGUUUUACUUCAUCACAUUCAUGUGGAGAUUCAGCAUGGGCAUCUCUUGCAGGAACUUGUUUUAAAAACCUGUGCAAACCUUGUAUUUUUUGUUUGGACGCAUGAGUUGAUUCCUUUGGAUAUUCUGCUAUUGGCACUCAUGGACCGGGAUGAUGAUCCACAUGCUUUACGGAUUUUGAUAUGUUUACUUGAAAGGCAAGAGCUUCAACAAAGGGUGAAUGUAUAUUGUAUGAACCGUGGCCCCCCUGAGCAUUGGCUUUUCACUGGAGUUCUCAAGCGUGCUGAGCUGCAAAAGGCCCUUGGGAAUCAUCUCUCUUGGAAGGAGAGGUAUCCUACAUUCUUUGAUGAUAUUGCAGCACGUUUGCUUCCAGUCAUCCCCCUAAUUGUCUAUAGACUUAUUGAGAAUGAUGCUAUAGAUCCAGCUGACAGAGUUCUGGCACUUUAUUCCUCAUUUCUAGCAUACCACCCUUUAAGAUUUACAUUUGUUCGUGAUAUACUUGCAUACUUUUAUGGUCAUCUUCCAGGGAAGCUUAUAAUGCGAAUAUUGAAAGUUCUUGAUAUCAGCAAGAUCCCAUUUUCAGAGUCUUUCCCACAGCACAUCAGUUCGUCAAAUCCAGCAAUUUGCCCACCUCCAGAGUAUUUUGCAACUCUUUUGUUGGGACUUGUAAAUAAUGUAAUACCUCCAUUAAAUAGCAACUCAAAAUCUGGUUCAAUGGGAGAUUCUUCAAAUAAUUCAAUGCGUGGCCCUCAUAGCAAAACUCCUUCAACUUCUCAGGCUGGGCCAGCAAAUGCUUCUGAGGGUCAAAAGGCAUUCUAUCAAAUUCAAGACCCUGGAACAUAUACCCAACUAGUUCUUGAAACUGCUGUUAUCGAGAUACUUUCUCUUCCUGUGUCUAUUUCUCAGACUGUGUCAUCACUAGUUCAAAUUAUUGUUAACAUACAGCCAACUCUGAUUCAAUCUAGUAAUGGCCUACAUGGAGCUUCAAAUAGUGUUGGGCAGGGUUCAGUUCUUCCAACAUCCCCAUCAGGGGGUAGCACAGAUUCCUUAAGUGCAAGCAGAUCAAAUGCUUCAGCUUCAGGGAUCAAUACUUCUAGUUUUGUUUCAAGAAGUGGUUAUACAUGUCAACAACUAUCGUGCUUAUUAAUCCAAGCUUGUGGUUUGCUAUUGGCCCAACUCCCACCUGAGUUUCAUUCACAACUUUAUUUUGAGGCAUCUAGUGUAAUAAAAGAAAGUUGGUGGCUCACUGAUGGGAAAAGGUCACUGGGUGAACUGGACUCUGCUGUUGGUUAUGUUUUGUUGGAUCCAACAUGGGCUUCCCAGGAUAAUACCUCAACAGCCAUUGGAAACAUAGUUGCACUGCUUCACUCUUUCUUUAGUAACCUCCCUCAGGAAUGGCUAGAUGGGACACAUGUCAUCAUUAAACAUCUCAGGCCAGUCACAUCAGUUGCAAUGUUGAGAAUAGCAUUCCGUAUAAUGGGUCCACUGCUCCCAAGACUCUCCAAUGCUCACAAUCUUUUCAACAAGAUUCUGUCAUUGCUUUUGAAUAUGAUGGUGGAUGUAUUUGGGAAAAACUCACAGCCACCAGUUCCGGUGGAAGCAUCAGAAAUUGCUGAUCUCAUUGACUUCCUUCAUCACAUCAUUCACUACGAAGGGCAAGGAGGACCCGUGCAGGCUACCAGCAAGCCUCGACCAGAGGUUUUGGCUCUUUGCAGUAAAGUGGCAGAAAGUCUACGACCUGAUGUUCAGCAUCUUCUAUCCCACUUGAAACCUGAUAUAAACUCAUCAAUAUAUGCUGCCACCCACCCGAAGCUGGUUCAAAAUCCAUGAUUGACACUAGUAAAACUGGUCCACAUGCUUCCCAAGUUGGGCAGGCUUGGGAGUCAAGAUGCUUUUAGCCAACAAGCUUUUUCAUCUGGGUUCAUAAACCAUGAAUUCUUUGCAUUUUUAUGACAUUGUGCUUUGCACCAUGGUUAAAGCAGUAGAGGCACUGUGGCUUUUUAGUUUUAGGUCAAAUUAACAGAGAAAAUCAUAAACACUCUUCUAAAUGACGUUCAGAACAUGAACUGAUGUUUUAUUAGGUACACCAAAAUACAUUCUGAAAUAUAAAGUGUAUACGUGUGUAGGUUUGUUUAAACAUUAAAUUUCUUUUAGAUGC